AAGCUCGUCUUCUUUCCCUCAACCCUAACUCCUCCCCCAAAUCUCUCAAAUCCUCCAUCUUUCUCUCAUUCUUUUCUCUGUUCUACCCUUCCAUACUGCAGAGGCAUCCAAUGUGAAGAAAAAGACGUGAGGAAUGAAGUAAUCAAGGUGGUGGCAAAUUACGAAGUGAUCUUUGAAGAAGAAGUGUUUCGAGAGAGAAAGAGAGAGAUUGAGGUGGAGAGGAGAUGCCGGUGGAGGAGGCGCUGCCGGGAUCGUCGAAGAGGCCGCUGAGCUAUAGCCCAUCGCGGAGUCCGGCGAGCACGAGGCUCUUCGGGGUGCCGCCACGGAGGCCUGCGCUGCAGACGUCGGCGGUCAAGAAGCCACCGGAGCCGCUCCGUAGGGCCGUCGCGGACUGCCUCUCGCCCGCCGCCCCCCACCUACAUGGGAACCCCUCGACCCUCGCUUCUGAGGCGGCGAGGAUCCUCCGGGAUUUCAUGGCUAACCCUUCAACCACUGACAUGGCUUAUACCAUGCUUGUAGAACAUGCACUGGCAGAAAGAGAUCGGAGCCCAGCAGUACUUCCAAGAUGUGUGGCAUUCUUGAAGUUCUAUCUUCUUCGAUAUGUGCCAAAGGUUUCAACAUUGCGGCAGAUUGAUCUAUUUUGCAUGAAUGCAAUUGCUGAGUGCGAAUCUGUAAAUAGUCGAAGAGUGCCAAUGUUGACCAAGUCAUCAACUCAACGAUCUAAAUCAUCAUCGACGGUGUCAAAUGCUUGUGUUCCUUCCUUACCACGCCCCAAUUUUGCGUCUGCUUCACUUAUGAAAUCCUUAAAUUAUGUGCGCUCUCUUGUGGCACGGCAUACACCAAAAUUGUCUUUCCAACCUGUCAUGCAAACUACAGCAUCAACUUCUGCAAAACAAUUACUUCCGACUCUAUCUUCUUUGUUGACUAGAUCAUUUACUUCUCAAUUAAGUCCGGAAGUUGUUAGUAGCAAAGAUGCCCUUGAGAUUAAAGAACCUUCUGGUCCAUCUGCUUCCGCAUUAUCAAAUAUUGAAGAAGUUGAUGGAGAAGGAAAUAAGUAUAUAUUUUCCGAUGUACUUAAAUGGCGAUGGCCUGGGGAGGGAGAAUACAGAAUGUCUUGUUUAACAAAGGAAAGUUGUGGUGUUAUGCGGUCUCAAGACAUUCAUACACAUAGUUUUUUAGAAGUUGGUGCUGCAGGUCUUUUAGUGGGAGACAUAGAGACCAAAAUCAAGGACCAUUCCUGGAUGUAUUCUGUAACUCACAACUUACGGGAUACUGACCUGUUGUGGCCUUCAACAACUACAAUGGCUACCAAUUUUUCAUCGUCUAAUAGCCACUUGAAAGCAAUAACAGCAUUUAAGCGCAUGAAACCAGGCCCUCACCAAGUUUGGGCCAAUAUACCAGUGAGCACAUUUCAUCCACGAGUUCGGCCCCUAUUUCAAUAUAGACAUUACAGUGAGCAGCAACCUUUAAAGUUAAGUCUUGCUGAAAUUCAUGAAGUCAUAGCUGAAGUUUGCUCAGAAUCCACUACAUCAAAUGCUAAUACAUUAAUUGCAACGUCACAAUCGAACCACAUCAGUCAACCUGCUACAGAUGUUGCUAUUAGUGUUCUCAUCAAGCUGGUUAUAGACAUGUAUAUGUUGGAUCCUGGGACUGCUACUCCUCUCGCUCUUUAUAUGCUGGAGGGUAUGCUUGGCUCUCAAAGAGUGGCUUCUAGAGCUCGGGCUUUUGAUUUUAUUUUAAACCUUGGUGUCCACGCACAACUGUUGGAGCCUAUGUUACUUGAAGACCCUCAAUCAUCUGAGGUGGUUAAACCUUUGCAAGAACCAUAUAUAAACAAUGAAGAACAGCCUGGAACACCAGGAAAGAUGAAUAAUGAGUCUAGCAUGCAGCAAAGGAUUUUUUCAGCUGUUGAUAAUUUUGAGUCUUGGCUUUUGGUCAUCCUAUUUGAGAUUCUUCGUCUUCUUGUUCAGAUUGAUGAAAGGGAAGAAAUUGUAUGGGCAUCUGCUCUGAGUUGUUUAUUUUACUUUGUUUGUGAUAAGGGACACAUUUUAAGGAGGAGACUUGAUGGUCUUGAUAUAAGGGUGAGAAACAUUCUUCUUUAUCCGCAUUGUAAUUCUGCUGGAUGAAAUGAAAGAAUGUUAUGUCUUGUUG